UACGCAGUAGUGCACUUGCGCGAAGAGCAGCGGUGUGAGCACGCGUGGAGGAAGUGCAUUGACACAUCUUGCAGCCAGAGUCUAUAGAGCCCCACAGGACCGGCUAAACUGUGUUUUAUUCCUUCCACUGGACAUGUCGUGGCUGUUUGGUCUGAACAAGGGGCAACCCGAGCCGCCGGGUGUGCCCGGUCAGCCGCCGCCCCCUCCGCCACCACCUACUGGGGGUUCAGGGAGCGGGGGAGAUAAACCCAAGGACAAAUGGAGUAAUUUCGAUCCUACUGGACUGGAGCGAGCUGCUCAGGCAGCCAAGGAGCUCGACAAGUCGCGUCAUGCCAAAGAGGCCCUUGAUUUAGCCCGUAUGCAAGAGCAAACUGCACAGUUGGAGCAUCAGACCAAAAUCAAGGAGUAUGAAGCUGCAGUUGAGCAGCUCAAAGGGGACCAGAUAAAACUCCAGGGAGAAGAAAGAAGAAAAACGCUGAACGAGGAGACAAGACAACAUCAAGCUCGGGCCCAGUACCAGGACAAGCUCGCUAGACAGCGAUAUGAGGAACAACUCAGACAACAGCAACUUCUCAAUGAAGAGAACCUCCGUAAACAGGAGGAGUCAGUGCAGAAGCAAGAAGCCAUGAGAAAAGCAACAAUUGAGCAUGAGAUGGAGCUGAGACAUAAAAACGAACUUCUGCGAAUAGAAGCGGAAGCAAAAGCAAGAGCUCGAGUAGAAAGAGAGAAUGCUGAUAUUAUUCGUGAACAAAUUCGACUGAAGGCUGCUGAACACAGACAGACAGUCCUGGAGUCCAUAAAGACUGCAGGCGCUGUGUUUGGGGAAGGAUUUCGUGCUUUUGUGUCAGACUGGGACAAAGUUACAGCCACAGUUGCAGGACUGACUCUUUUAGCUGUGGGAGUGUAUUCAGCCCGUAAUGCAACAGCAGUAGCUGGACGCUACAUUGAAGCAAGACUUGGGAAGCCAUCACUUGUGCGAGAGACAUCUCGUUUUACUGUUGCUGAGGCAGUAAAACAUCCAGUGAAGACAGCCAAGCGGUUGAAAAGUAAACCUCAGGAUGCUCUAGAAGGAGUUGUUCUCAGUCCAUCUCUGGAAGAGCGUGUGCGUGAUAUCGCAAUAGCCACAAGAAACACAAGGCAAAACCAUGGCCUGUACAGAAACAUCCUUAUGUAUGGCCCUCCAGGAACAGGCAAAACCCUCUUUGCUAAGAAGCUGGCAAUGCAUUCUGGAAUGGACUAUGCCAUUAUGACUGGUGGUGAUGUUGCACCUAUGGGUCGUGAUGGGGUAACUGCAAUGCACAAAGUAUUUGACUGGGCCAACACAAGUCGCCGUGGACUACUGCUUUUUGUUGAUGAAGCUGAUGCAUUCCUUCGUAAGCGAUCCACGGAAAAAAUUAGUGAAGAUCUAAGGGCGACGCUCAAUGCUUUCUUGUACCGCACUGGUGAACAGAGCAACAAAUUCAUGUUGGUACUGGCUAGUAAUCAGCCAGAGCAGUUUGACUGGGCUAUAAAUGACAGAAUAGAUGAAAUUGUGAAUUUUGCCCUACCUGGUCCUGAUGAGAGGGAGAGGCUGGUGCGCCUCUAUUUUGACAAAUAUGUACUUGAACCAGCAACUGGCGGCAGACAGAGGAUGAAGCUUGCUCAAUUUGACUACGGUAAAAAGUGCUCUGAGAUUGCUGCCCGAACAGAGGGUAUGUCCGGACGUGAGAUCUCCAAACUCGGAGUGGCUUGGCAGGCUGCAGCCUAUUCCUCUGAAGAUGGCGUCCUGACGGAGGCAAUGAUUGAUGCCCGGGUGGAUGAUGCUGUCAAACAGCAUCGUCAGAAGAUGGACUGGCUUUAUGCUGAAGAGGAGGCAAAGACCUUGACCCCCCCAAAACCUGAGGCGUCAGCAAGUGGGGGAAAGAUGGGCUUCGCUCUGCCUCCUCCUGAGAUUUCUCAGGCUCAAGAAGUGAUUGCUCCAGUCAUGAAUAUGACUCCACCUCCUCCUGUAGUAGAGGACCUCAGCCACCUCACUGUAACACCAGCUCCUGCUUCUCCUUCAUCAGAGGACCUCACACCUUCUCCUUCAGAGAACCUCACUUCGCUUCCUACAGCAGAGGACCUUACCCACCUCACUGCAACGCCGCCGCUUCCUCUAUCUGCAGCAGAGGACCUCACGCCCGCACCUGCAGCAGAGGACCUCACGCCCGCACCUGCAGCAGAGGACCUCACGCCCGCACCUGCAGCAGAGGACCUCACGCCCGCACCUGCAGCAGAGGACCUCACGCCCGCACCUGCAGCAGAGGACCUCACGCCCGCACCUGCAGCAGAGAGCCUCACUCCGCUUCCUACAGCAGAGGACCUUACCCACCUCACUGCAACGCCACCGCCGCCUCCUUCUCCACCUGCAGCAGAGGACCUUACCCACCUCACUGCAACGCCGCCGCUUCCUCCACCUGCAGCAGAGGACCUCACGCCCGCACCUGCAGCAGCAGAGAGCCUCACUCCGCUUCCUGCAGCAGAGGACCUUACCCACCUCACUGCAACGCCGCCGCUUCCUCCACCUGCAGCGGAGGACCUCACGCCCGCACCUGCAGCGGAGGACCUCACGCCCGCACCUGCAGCGGAGGACCUCACGCCCGCACCUGCAGCGGAGGACCUCACACCCGCACCUGCAGCAGAGGAACUCAUGCCCCCACCUGCAUCAGAGGACCUCACACCUCCACCUAUAGAAGAGGACCUUACCCACCUCACUGCAACACCACCACCUCCUCCACCUGCAUCAAACGACCUGACGCCCCCUCCUGCGGCAGAGGACCUGACGCCCCCUCCUGCGGCAGAGGACCUGACGCCCCCUCCUGCGGCAGAGGACCUGACGCCCCCUCCUGCGGCAGAGGACCUGACGCCCCCUCCUGCGGCAGAGGACCUGACGCCCCCUCCUGCGGCAGAGGACCUCUCACUUCCUCCUGUAUCUGGGGAGGAGAGCAGUAUCACUAAAGAUGGACAAAACGAAACUGAAAAUGUAGUAAAAUCGGAGGCAAAGCCUCUUGAACAGCCCACUGCUCACAGUGAGGAUAGGCUUAAACAGAAGGACUCUACCAAACCUCCAAAAGAUGGAACUCCAGUUUAGACCUAUAGGCAGUUGACUAGCUACAAUAUCUUUGAAUAAUCUGUGUAACAGAUUGGUUAAUUGAUUCUUUGUAACUUUAACUUUGAGUGAAAUGAAUAUAAGCCUAACUAAGUGUACUUUACAUGGAAGGCAGAAAGCAUCUCUGUCUUAUAUAUAUAUAUUGUAAUGUACUGUGUCAAAUAUGCUAAAAUAAUUAAAUUGAAAUGUUUUUUGUA